ACAAGUGCACCAGGACUGCAGUUUCUCGCUGCAGCUUUUUGAAAGUUUGAUCGAUACGACUUAUCGAAAUAACAAGAGAAUGAUCGGUACAGUGGCCAGGAGCACGAGGCUGAAUUUGUUUUCCUCUCGCUUGAAGAGUCAAAGAUUUGUGACAAUAUCGUUAUUCAAGACUGACAGCUGCCUUCCAGUGCAAUCCAGAGGUUAUGUUUAUUUGACACGCGAUGAAAAUGUUGUUUUGAAAAGCUUUACUCAAAAACAAAGGUCAUUUUUGGGAGAAAAAUUACUGCAACUUGAUUCCAAAAGACAUUCGUCCUCGGAACAGGAACUUGUGUCUAUGAAUUUCGAAAAAAUUUCCAAUGAAACUUUAGAAUCUUUAUCAGAGUAUUUUGAUGAACUUAUUGAAGAUGCAAGUCACUUACAGGAUGCAGAUGUAUGCUAUGGGGAUGGUGUUUUAACUGUAAAAUUUGGCAAAGAAUAUGGUACAUAUGUUAUCAAUAGACAAGUGCCAAACUUACAAAUCUGGCUAUCUUCACCAAAAUCUGGUCCUAAAAGAUAUGAUUUCAUAGAUGGAACUUGGAUAUACAAACAUGAUGGGAAAUCUAUGCAUGAAUUAUUAAGUGAAGAAAUUCCAGAUAUUGUCAAGGGUCCUGUUGCAUUUGAUAAUUGCUCUUACAGUACCAGAGAAAAAUGACUAGUUUAAAUUCUGCUCAUAAGACUUCGAUUUUGUACAUAAUAAAAUGAGGAAAAAUUUUGUUAAUCAAGAAUCACGUAUCUGCAAAUGCGGCAGGCAAGCUACGGUGAUACACUUCUCUAUGGUGCAUUAAAAUUGAUUGAGAGUACUUUAUAUUUAUGUAAAUAAUAAUUGUAAAUAG